GGAAGUGGGCGGGAUCUGAUGGCUUGUGCGCAGACUGGAUCCGGCAAAACUGCGGCCAUUCUUAUACCCAUUAUCAGUCAGUUGCUGAAUGAUAAUGCUGAAGCAUCGAUUGGUAGGCCACACGCUUUGGUUGUGUCGCCUACACGCGAAUUAUCUAUCCAGAUAUUCAAUGAGGCACGUAAAUUUGCUUUAGGUUCGUAUUUAAAUAUACGUAUCGUUUACGGGGGUACUUCGCCCAAAUAUCAAAGUGAAAAUAUGGUCAAGGGUCCAUGCCACAUAUUAAUUUCCAGUCCGGGCCGUUUAAUGGAUUUUGUAGAAAAAUGUUUUAUUACAUUUGAGGAUAUACGUUUCGUGGUCCUCGAUGAAGCUAAUCGAAUGUUAGACAUGGGCUUCAAAGACGCUGUAGCCACGAUAAUGAAUCACGCAACUAUGCGAAGCAUGGCCGGGGAAUAUUUGAAUGAAUAUAUAUUUGUAGCUGUCGGCGUAGUAGGUGGUGCUUAUUCCGAUGUCACUCAGAAUGUGUAUGAGGUCGAAAAAUUCCAGAAGAGAGCCAAACUCAUGGAACUUUUAAAGGAGGACGCGAGCGGCACGAUUGUCUUUGUGAAAACCAAACGAAGUGCCGACUUUUUAGCAUCUUUAUUGUCAGAAACAGAAUAUCCGACUACUUCGAUUCACGGCGACCGUUUUCAAUGGCAACGCGAAACUGCUUUGGCAGACUUUAAAGCAGAAAGAAUGAAAGUGCUAAUUGCGAUCUCGGUAGCUACUCCUGGUCUUGAUACCAAAAAUAUUAGACACGUAGUUAAUUACGAUAUGCCAUCGUCAAUUGAUGAAUACGUUCGUCGUAUCGGACGCACUGGUCGCGUGGGAAAUAAUGGCAAAGCUAGUAGUUUCUUUGAUCCCCAGCAUGACUCGGCUAUUGCUGGCGAAUUGGUAAAAAUUCUAGAAGGUGCUGGCCAAGAAACGCCGCAGUUCUUAAAGAAAUAUAGUUGCGGUGGUGGCCAUGACAAUCGGGUUGGCCGUUUCGGUGGCAGGGAUGUAAGGUGGGGAAAGUCGACAAAGCAUCCUAAAAAUAUAGCAAAAAAUCUCCCUUAUAAAAUUGUUGAGAUGGGCGAAGCAUGA